CUGCAUCAAUCACACCACACGAUGUCCGCCCUCGCCCCCACCUCGUCCGAUUCCAAGGCGGCGCCGCCGACCUCCUCGGCAACGACCACGCCGCUCAGCAGCCCCGAGGACGUGCUGCCAGACUACACCAAGCGCCGCCCCCUCCCAGCAUACACCGAGCCCGAGCGCCCGGCGCACGAGCGCACGCCGAGCGGCGCGGCCAAGCGCGCCGUCUCGUGGGUCGGCAACGGGCUCGGCAAGCUCGUCGGCUUCUACUUCCGCGGCGGAUACCCCCUCCACGUGCCCGGCACGGACCCCGUCGAGGUCAGGCCAAAGGGCCACGGCGUCGAGGUUGCGCGCGCACGCAUCCGUGAGCGCGAGGAGAUGGACCGCGCCGCCGCGCUCGCGGCGCACGAGCGCGCCCUGCACGAGUCGGAGCUCGCCGGCGAGGCGCCCCCGUCCGCGCCCGCGCCGCACACCGCCGCUCCAUAAGCCGACGCCGUGGUCAUGUGUUCUUGUUCUUGUUGUUAUGGUGUUUGUACAUAGACGACGACGAGACGACCGACACGCUCGCCAGGGUAGGCCACUGCCGCGUGCCUUGGACAGUGUGCCUCGUCGGCUGUCGUUAGAGUUGGAGCAAGUAGUAGUUGGAGUAAUGAUCACGAGGUCGGUCUAUUGUCCAUUCCCACAGAGUAACGGGUAUCGCGUCGGGUCGUACGGGUCUACCAGACUGCUGACGAAGGAGUGGACGGGGUGCAGG